UUUGCAUCUAAAUUAGACCCAGAUUUAAAGAACCAUUUAGAAACAAGGACAGUCUUCACAGGUGUUUCUAAGACUAUUCAGAAUGAGAUACUUGACUGCCUGCUGCAGAUAUACCAUGAUGAGAUAAAGAAGAGAUUAAAGAAGCUUCAUUUGUAGCUGUCAUGGCUGAUGACACAACAGAUGUUUCAGAACACACUCAAAUGGUAAUUGUUCUACGGUACGUGCUGAAUGAAGAAAUAUUUGAGCGUUUUUGGGGAUUCUUUAUUCCAGAAAAUCAAACUGCAGAUGGCAUAUCAAAAUGUAUUCUAGAGCAGUUAGAUAUAAUCCUUCAAGGAAAUAGACAAAAACUGAUAGCUCAGACAUUUGAUGGUGCAAAUGUCAUGAAAGGCAAAAAAGGGGGCGUUCAGGCAAAAAUAAAAGCAGUUUAUAAUAAUGCACAUUUCAUUCACUGUUAUGCGCACCAACUGAAUCUGAUAAUGAGAAAUGCAGCAAGUAUUACGCGGGACUCAAGAAUAUUUUUCUCUAACGUUUUGGCUAUACCAACAUUUUUCUCAAGAUCACCACAACGUGUAUCCAUUCUCAAUAAGCAUAUGAACGUCAGCAUUCCGCGCCCAUCCUCUACAAGGUGGAACUUUAACAUACGGACCGUGAACAAAGUUCAUGAAAAUUUGCAACCUUUAAAAAGCUGCCUUGCUGAAAUCCAGUCGACGGUAAAUGCAGAUCGAACCAUUUCAGAAGCAACAGGAAUUUUGCACUACCUGAAUAAUGAAAAAUCCAUGUUCUGGUUGGAGCUUUUUCAUCAGAUCAUGCCUCAUGUUGAAGUAAUUUACAACCAAAUGCAGUCUCGAGAAAUUAUGUGUUUAAAAUUGAGAGAAAACGGAGGACUCAGGCGUCCUGAAACGAUGAGAAAUCGAACUCCUCAAAUGGGAGACUCAAAUAAGGAAGUAUUGAAGAAUAAAAAGAAUAAGUAUGAAAUAAUUUUACAAAUUCCUGGGAAAAUUCUUUGUCAUGCUUUACUAGACCAGAAAUUCCUUAAAAUCAUGAAAAUUCCUCAAAAGUGGAAUCGCUCGCUCGGCUUCCCAUCCCAAAGGGGGAGCCAUGUGGCUGCAACCUUAGAUCCUCCCAAAGAGAUGCUUAAGCUUCAUUCGAGAAUGGUAGCAAAUGUAGAUGAUGAAGAAGCUGCUGAUUUGUGUAAGAAAUUUCUUGAGGAAAUAAGUAGAGAGGUCAAAGUGUGA